CUCUGCAGGGAACAGGCCCGCCCCCCUGUGUGCGCAGGCGCGCGCCGCACCAGGCUCCCACGGUCGGUCGCUCGGUGCGGGCGGCAACCGCUAGCCAUGCAGGUAGGACUCCCUGGAAUCAUAGACCAGGUUUAUGAGAGUAGCCUUGUGAAACCAGCAAGAUUUGGCAGAGAUGUUGAAAUGCUGGCGUAGUCCUAGCAGAGGCCUCACAGCCUGAGGAGCAGGAAGCCCUGAACCAGAGAUGGCCUCGCAGAGAGCCCUCAAAUGAAGACACAUCUGGAUGGAGGGGCACACUGACAUGGAGAUACUAAGGACAGUGAAAGGGUCUUCCACAGGGGAGGUCAACGUGCACAUGGUGGCCAGAGACAGCGCAGGUCUCCACCCCCAGCUGCCUACAACCGCCUUCAUUAUUCCUACCAAUGCAGCUACCCUUGGUCUGCCUAACACUGCCCUGGAUGUGCCCUACCCCCGGGAGCCAGUCCACGUGGGCGCCCUGGAGCGGGUGGCUGGCAGCGAACCCGUAACAGCUACUAUUCUGCCACAGCUAAGCACCGGAACGGGGACCAAUAGCACAGUCAGGCUUCUGGAUUGGACUGGCGUUUCUGGAUCUUUACCUGGUAGCGGCAUGCGGUUCCGGAUAAACGAGUACGCGCCACUGAACAUGAUAGGAGUGGAGCGACCACGAAGCCCGGAGCAGCGACAUGAGGGUGGCAUGGCCAGGAGAGAUGCUGGCAACCAGCACCCUGAUGUUCACCAGGACCGUCAAGACAUCGCUUCUCUGGACCCCCCGGUAGACGCGAGUUCCUGCAAGUGCCAGGCUUGUGGGCCUCAACAAAGUAGUAGCCUAGACGUUGGUUCAUCGGGAGACCGAUGCCCUCAGCCUUUCCAGAAGCGGUCAGUCAUAGUAGAGAACUCAGGCUGUACCAUCGCUUCUGAGCUCCUGAAACCCAUGAAAAAGAGGAAACAUAAGGAGUAUCAGAGCCCAUCCGAGGAGUCAGAGCCGGAGGCCAUGAAACAAGGAGAAGGAAAAGAUGCAGAGAGAGAGCCCACCCCCAGCACCCCGGAGAAUGAAGAGUGGAGCAGAAGCCAGCUGGUGUCCAGUGAGAAGAAGGACGGCUGGUCCUGGGAGUCCUACCUGGAGGAGCAGAAGGCCAUCACAGCCCCAGUUAGCCUCUUCCAGGACUCCCAGGCAGUCACCCAUAACAAGAAUGGCUUCAAACUGGGCAUGAAGCUGGAAGGCAUUGACCCCCAACACCCGUCAAUGUACUUCAUCCUCACUGUGGCUGAGGUGUGUGGCUACCGCCUGCGCCUGCACUUUGAUGGCUACUCUGAGUGCCACGACUUCUGGGUCAAUGCCAACUCCCCUGAUAUUCAUCCCGCUGGCUGGUUUGAGAAGACUGGACACAAGCUGCAGCUUCCCAAAGGUUACAAGGAAGAGGAGUUCAGCUGGAGCCAGUACCUGCGCAGCACGAAAGCUCAGGCAGCCCCCAAGCACCUGUUUGUAAGCCAGAGCCAGAGUACUCCACCUGUGGGCUUCCAGGUGGGCAUGAAGCUGGAAGCUGUGGACCGCAUGAACCCCUCCCUCGUGUGUGUGGCCAGUGUGACCGAUGUGGUGGACAGUCGCUUCCUGGUGCACUUUGAUGACUGGGGCGAUACUUACGACUACUGGUGUGAUCCCAGCAGCCCCUACAUCCACCCAGUAGGCUGGUGCCAGAAGCAAGGGAAGCCGCUCACCCCUCCACAAGACUACCCAGACCCUGACAGCUUCUGCUGGGAGAAAUACCUAGAAGAAACUGGGACCUCGGCUGUGCCCACUUGGGCCUUCAAAGUGCGACCCCCUCACAGCUUCCUGGUGAACAUGAAGCUGGAGGCUGUAGACCGCCGGAACCCAGCACUGAUCCGGGUAGCCAGUGUGGAAGAUGUGGAGGAUCAUCGGAUAAAGCUCCACUUUGAUGGCUGGAGUCACAAUUAUGAUUUCUGGAUCGAUGCCGAUCACCCAGACAUCCACCCUGCAGGCUGGUGCUCCAAGACAGGACAUCCCCUGGAGCCUCCUCUCCGGCCCAGAGAGUCCAGCUCUGUCUCCCCUGGGGGAUGCCCCCCUCUCAGCCACAGGAGCCCACCCCACACAAAGACCUCCAAAUAUAACUUUCACCACCGGAAGUGCCCCACUCCUGGCUGUGACGGCUCCGGCCAUGUCACUGGCAAGUUCACAGCUCACCAUUGCCUCUCUGGCUGCCCGCUGGCCGAGAAAAACCAGAGCCGGCUGAAAGCGGAGCUGUCCGACUCGGAGACCGCAGCCAGGAAGAAGAACCCAUCUAAUUUGUCCCCAAGGAAAAAGCCUCGCCAUCAAGGCCGGAUCGGACGCCCUCCAAAGUAUCGCAAGAUUCCAGAGGAAGAUUUCCAAGCCCUCCCUCCCAGUGUGGUACACCAGUCCCUCUUCAUGUCCACCUUGCCGACCCACGCUGAUCGCCCACUCUCUGUGUGCUGGGAGCAACACUGCAAGCUGUUGCCAGGAGUGGCGGGCAUCUCAGCCUCUACAGUCUCCAAGUGGACCAUUGAAGAGGUCUUUGGCUUCGUUCAGACCUUGACGGGCUCUGAGGACCAAGCGCGCCUCUUCAAAGACGAGAUGAUUGACGGCGAGGCCUUCCUUUUGCUGACACAGGCGGACAUUGUGAAGAUCAUGAGUGUCAAGCUGGGCCCAGCCUUGAAGAUCUAUAACGCCAUUCUCAUGUUCAAAAACACUGAUGAUGCCUUUAAGUGACUGGUCAGGGGGGGAAGUGGGGGCUCCUCCCAUCCUCACGGGGCUCCCUCUGCAAAUGGUGCUUCUCUCCCAACUUGAGUUCUGCACCCCUGUCCUCACUGUCUGACUAGGUGUGGGGGAGCAGAGGAGCCCGGGGGAAGCAGGUCUCAGCCCUCGGACCUGGAGUUCAUUUGCCUCCAGUUGCCCCAGGGAAGGUGUGACUAAACAGAGACCUGACUGAUAUAAGGGCCGCAGGUAUCCUGGCUGGGGCAGCCUGCAGCUUUAGCCACCUUGGUUAUUGUCUUAGGAAUUAGGAGGAGCUAGGUAGGGAAGGCGUCCUCUAUUCAGACCUAUGUCGCUUUUUGGCAUCUCUAUGUCCUUUCUCCUCCUUGGCCCAUCUCCCCCUACGAAGAACUGACCAUGACCUUGGUAUGCACAUUUUACACAUGAUAGGCGCCUCCCUCCCAGUCCGCUGUUGGCUGUAUACCUUUAACUCCCCAUUCAUGGUCCAGCCAGGCCCCAUGGCUCUCUUCCCCUGUAGAUGCUUAAGUCUCAGAAAUAUGGGAGCUUCUUACUAGGAGCCUCUGGCUGUCUUCUCCCUUUUGCCUCUAGGCAGAGAUUGAGAGCCCAGGCACCACCUUCCUGAACACAUUCAGUUCAAGAUCACUCAGCUUUGAAGUGGGCAGUACGGAGUGAGCAGAUGGUUAGAGCCCAUGUCCUAACAAGCAGGGCCUAAGUUCCCUGCUGCUGUCUCUGUUGGGUGUGGGGGAGAUGAAGUCUGCCCUGGCAAGCGGUCCUGACUAGGACGUCAGACACACUGGAGUCUUUGACCAAAAGACUAGCUCCAGAAAGUGUGAUGGCUGUAUCAUUUUCUCUGACUGUGGCUCUCAGCCAAGAUAUUGCACAUGAGGGAGAGGCCCCUGCCAACCCAGCCUCCUGCCAGGAGGGUGUAGCACUGGCUAGCACACAACCACUAUGACAUCACAUUCACUCUGUCCCUUAAACAUUUCUCAUUCUGCUCUCGAGUCUAAUGAAAGCCGCUUAUGGUAGAGUUGGAAAGGUCCUCUCUCCUAUCUCUGACCUCCCUGGCCCUUCUUGCCAGUCUCCAACAGUCUCUCACUGCCAGCUAGGUUCCUGCUGGGGCUCUGGGACUCGAACCUUUCUGUCCAAGUGGAGGUUCGGCCUCCACUCAGUUACUGCCAAAUCCACCUCCCAGCCUAAGUGGGGAGGGAACCCAGGAGGGAGCCGCCCCUCCAAUAGGUGGGAGCCAGUGCCAGGCUUCAGUUCAUCUGGUGCUGAGGUGGACCUACAGGCUGAAGAGCAGGGUUGUCCCCCAAUCCAGUAAACUUAUAGGUCAUGUGAUAUGUGUCUUUGCGUGUGUGUGUGUGUGUGUGUGUGUGUGUGUGUCUUUCCAUGUGUGUGUGUACACACGUGUUGGUCACUCAGCAGUAUCUGUCAGGUGCCGGUGUGAGGUGCAGUAUUGGGGAUAUGAAGGGCUACUGUUAAGCUUUGAGGCUUUAUUAUUUCCUCAGAAAUGGGAAGCCAAAAAGUCCUGUUGAUUUCCUGUUUCCGCGCUUUGGGGACCUCCCCUCCCUAGGCCAGACAGCUUCUGGGGGACAGCCAAGUGUCAUCUAGCUAGCCUGGCAGAGGCUCAGGUUCCCUUUCCCUUUCAGCUCUCAGGGGUAACUUUCUGGGAGGACACUGGGCAAGGCCAGCCAAGCAGGGAGGGAGGGCUAGGUUGACCGAUAUGACGUCACUGCCCCAUUUGCUGGAAAUAAAGAGGAGCCAAUCUCCUCCAAUCGUGAUUGUCUGGGUUGCAGUGGAAAACUGCCACCUCCUGGCCUUUAGUCCGUCCUGCCACACACUGACUUGUCUGAGAUGGCAGCAGAUGUUCUGUGUUCUUGACUGGAGCUGUGAACCACACAGCUCCCAACGAGAGGGACUGCACAGCUUUUGCCGUGCAGCUCUGCCAGUGGUGGUUGCCUGUGGGAGAGACCAGACGGACUAACAGACAGCCUUGGAGAAGACGACUCGCAGCCUCCCAACUCUAGGCUACACACCCCUUCUGCACUAAUAUCAGAAACCAAAUCUUAAAAAGUCAAAAGAAACAUGCCUGCCAAGCAUCCCCCACCCGUCCACCCCACUGGGUCCCCACUACACCCGAGCCCGGGAGCACAGGCCAUGGGUGGCUGUCUCUGGCACUUGUGCCCUGGUCUCUAGAAACAGGGACUACUUAUACUUUGUCCCCAGCAGGCUUGUCCAGCCACUGCCCAGCCCUGGCAGUGAUGAACUUUGUUUAAUUUCUGAGGCAGAGAGAAUGGUUCCCGAGUCUGAAAAUGAAACCUGUUUGCACCUCCAUUCACACGCACUGUAAUGGUGUUACUUUUGUUUACUUGCUCUGUGUGUGUGUCUGUGUGUGUGUCUGUGUGUGUGUAUGUGUGUGUAUGCUCUCAAGCAUAAAUUCUUAAAGAAAAUCCUCUGGUUUAAGCUAAAGUGACUCUUGAGAGAGGAAACAUUACAAAGAAAAUAUAGUAUGAUUUGUCUGUGUAUUGAGACAAUAUAAAUAAAUAAAUAAAUAAAUAAAUAAAUAAAUAAAUAACCAGUCUGC